CCGCCGCCGCGCCCAACGCCCACCACAGCCGAUCCCGUCGCGAAACCCAACGAGCGUGCGCGCACGCACGCUCCGUUGUCCCCCUCUCUCUCCCCACACAAAAUGGAGCGGCAGCCUCGGCCGCAGCUCGCCGUGGCGGAGGAGGCCAUCGCGCUCUACGACACCUACUGGUUCCGCCGCCUCGUGCUCAGCAACGCCUGCCCUCCUCCCGCGCCUCUGCCGCCGCCGGCGCCUGAGCGCGAGCAGCCGGAGCAGGCGCCGGCGGAGGAGAGCAAGAGCGAGCUGCGGCGCGCUCCGUCGGGGCUGCAGCGGCACCGCCGGACGCGGAGCGACGAGGCCAAGGCGGCCGCGUUCCACGGCCAGCUGGAGCCCCUCAAGAUCCCCAACGGCCACCGCGCGAGGCUCCAGACCAUCCUGUCCGGGAAGGACGGCCUGGCCGCGCCGGAGCCGCUGCCGCUGCCAGAGCGGCGGAGGCUGGAAGCGCGGCGGCCCGGCGGGAGGAGGCGGAGGAGCCGCCGCGGGCGGAGCCUGUCGGAGCUGGAAUUCGAGGAGGUGAAGGGGCUGCAGGACCUCGGCUUCACCUUCUCCGAGACCGAGGUCGACGCCGAGCUCGCGUCCAUCGUGCCGGGGCUCAGGCGGCUGCGCGCGGAGGAAGAAGCCAAGAGAGCCAAGGCGGAGGCGGAGGAGGAAGCCUGUAGAAGAAACAGGGCCGCCGCGGAGGCCUCCCACGCGGCGCCGAGGAGGCCCUACUUGUCCGAGGCGUGGGAGGACGAGGAGGCGGAGGUGAGGAGGAUGCUGAGCAACUUCAGGAUCCCGGCCGCCGCCGACGGCGCUGACCUCAAGGAGAACCUCCGGCUCUGGGCGCACACCGUGGCCUCCGCCGUCCGGUGAUGGCUUUGACCAAGAGCUCAACUUCUUUUUUUUGUUUGCCGUGCAGUGGGUGGAAUGAUGAACUGUAAAUAUUUUUUGCCACGUGCAUGCGCAUCGAUCUUUUCAAGUUAUUUUAGCAGGAGCUUGCGUUAGUUUAGUCACGACAAUCUAAAAUGUAUUCAAAUUUCAAAUUCAGCUGAAUAUAGGCUCUUGCAACUUGCAAGGAACAAAAAGGAGAUGUGAAAA